GUUAGCCGCGCUAGCUGUUCUAGCAUCCGUUUUGUCGAUGAGAGGACCGACGAGCGAAGUGAAAUGAGUGAUACCAAGGCGAACCACACCAUGUUGACCUCAGCUAACCGAUGGUAUUUAUUCAUUUAGCUAGGCUAACGUUGGCUGACACGACCAGCCUUGGCAAAGCGAUAGAAAGGUACAGAGAGAGAAAGAAAUGGCUGGUGACGCUAACAGUAUCCCUGAAAUGGACCAAAAGAAGUAUGAUGCAGACGAAGAAGUCAAGAUCAUCUGUCUGGGAGACAGCGCAGUUGGUAAAUCGAAGCUGAUGGAGAGGUUCCUCAUGGACGAAUACCGUCCCCAGCAGUUGUCCACCUAUGCUCUGACUCUCUACAAACACACGGCCACUGUAGGAAACAAGACAGUAGAAGUCGAUUUCUGGGACACGGCUGGUCAGGAGAGAUUUCAGAGCAUGCACCCGUCAUACUACCACAAAGCACAUGCAUGUAUCAUGGUUUUUGAUGUCCAGAGGAAGAUCACAUACAAGAAUCUGGCCAACUGGUAUAAGGAGCUGAGAGAAUAUAGGCCGGAGAUACCCUGCUGUGUGGUUGCUAACAAAAUUGAUGCUGAUUUGAAGGUGACACAGAGAAGCUUUAACUUUGGGAAGAAGCAAGGACUGCCUUUUUACUUUGUGUCAGCAGCUGAUGGGACUAAUGUCGUUAAGAUGUUCAGAGAGAUGAUCAAGAGAGCUGUGGACUACAAACAAAACCCCAGCGACUUCAUGGAUGAAGUGAUGCAAGAAUUAGAGAACUUUGACCUGGAGAAGAAGGAAGACAAUUCAGAGGCAGAUGAGGACGGAUUGAAAGCAGAGAGUCCCGACCUGGACUGACCGAUGUUUACAGAUCCUCCAAACCCUCUUACAGUCUCAUGGGUAACUUCUCCUCCUCUGAGGUUGAUGCUGUGAAUAGAUAAUGCUUUUAGGUGAAAUGUCAGAGAUCUCGCUCUCUGUGAUGGACACCAUCAUCAGGCACAUUGUUAUUAUAUAAUGUUGGUGGUCUGCUUUGUAACUCUACCACUGGAGUUUGACAGACGUUCUUAAAGUCAGGUUUCCAGUCACUGCCCUCCAUCUGUUCAGUGACAUCGAGCAGGAAAAUAAAUCAGGUGGAAUAAAUAGGAACUGUGUUGUUUGCCAGAUUUGUUGGCGCAUUAUCAUUCAUCCUUUAACAUUAUCUACUAUAAUAAUAGUAGAAAGUCCUACAGUGAGACUGAAUGUUUGCUUAUUUUUGUGUCUUGUGAUAAGAAUGUGAAGCAUCGAAGAAUAACUCACACUGAACAAAGAGAACGUGUGAUUAUGAACUAUGUUUGCUGCUGUUCUCGACGUGUGUGUGUGUAGUGUCAUGUGCAGUGCCAGCGGGAAGCGGCAUCUGUUGGCUGCUUUUCGUUUCAUUCAUUUUAUGAUGUAAAAGUCUGUUUUCAGCGUCUUUUUAAAUGAAAAUUUAAUGUACCAUGUAACCAAUUUUUUAUGAUGUUUUUUUUGUCUCUCAACUUGCUGUGAUCUAGCAGUGAUGUACUGAGUUGUAGUCCAAUUGAGCAUAUUAUAAGUCAUGUGUGAGAAGCUGUACUGAACUCUUGUGAAACGCUCAGCCAGCUGUGACCUUCAUGAUGGAUUUGAGGUGGUUACAUUCGUCCAUGUUAGUAUAAAUGUUAAAUGAAGAAUUCAAUUUAGGUCAAAUUAUUUCUGAAUGAUUGUAAUACACAGAAACCAUGUAUAUAUAUAUAUUGAUAUUCUAUUUAUAUGUGACUUUUGUGGCAUAAAUUCACAAUAAAUCACACUGGAAGGUAA